GGGAACGGCAUGCAAAUAAAGCAACUGAAUAAAUUGACGAAGCAUUAGUCACAUUUCACUUUCAUGGUUCUCAAUUUCAAUUCAUGGCAGAAAAUCAAUGAGCAUUUUGAUUUUGUUCCUCUGUGAUUUUGGUUCCCAGGAAUGGUAGAUUUGAGGCUUUGAGGAUUCACGUUCAUCAGGUCGCAACCUCAGAAUGGGGAAAUCACCCGGAAAAUGGAUCAAAACUGUACUAUUUGGGAAAAAGUCAUCCAAAUCAAAUAUUUCAAAAGGAAGAGAGAAGCUUGUUAACAAAAAGGAAGCAGUGGUUGCUUCUAAUGUGUCGGAUAAUGGUUUGGCUUUUGAUCCAACCCUCACUAAUAUUGCAAGAAAUGAGGAGGACCAAGAAGUGGAGAAUGAAGAAUCUGAAAAUCUUGCACGUGGGAAUCAAGAAAUAGACAUCAUGGAAUCUGUUGACCAAGAUGCACCACCCGAUCCUGAGGUAAUCAGACUGGAGGAAGCUGCAAUACAUGCACAAGCUGCUUUCAGGGGUUACAUGGCUCGCAGGGCAUAUAGGGCCCUAAAAGGCAUAAUAAGGUUGCAAGCACUUAUUCGUGGGCAUUUGGUUAGGAGACAAGCUGUCGCUACAUUAUGCUGUAUGCAUGGGAUUGUAAAGUUACAGGCACUUGUUCGUGGCGGGAGAGUUAGACAAUCUGAUGUUGGAUUUGCAAUCCAUGAGAAGUGCAAUCUAUUUAAGACUCUGGAUGGCAGACUUGUUGAGUCAGUUGGUGUUUCCACAAAAAUUUCAAAGCAGUCUGCAAAUACUUUCGUCUGUAAGCUUCUUUCUUCAUCAACUACAAUAAUGGCUCUGCACCUGCAGUAUGUUGGCGGGGAUCCAAAUUCAGUGUCAAGUUGGUUGGAGCGCUGGUCAGCAUCAUACUUUUGGAAACCACUUCCCCAACUCAAGAAAAUUCGAGACUCGAAAUCUCACAGAAAGCAAAGUAGUAUUUCAAUUGGAGAAGCUCAAAUCAGCAAGUCGAAACGUACCAACAGGAAACUUCCUACUGCUAAUUUUGAAUCAGUCCCCUCGCAUACUAAUCCAGAAUUUGAGAAGCCGAAACGUAAUUUCAGGAAAAUCUCAAGCCAACUGUCAGAUCCAGAUCAGGAAAAUCCACAAAGUGUUCUUGAAAAGGUUAAACGGAACUUGAGAAAGAUUCAUAAUCCUGUUGUUGAGAAUGCUAUUCUGUCCGAAGUUGAAUUUGAGACCGCAAAGCAGCACUUGGUAAAGACAACUGUUUCAGAACGAGGGCUCAUUACUUCUAAUGAAAAGAUCAAGAAGGAAGCAACAUUUUCCAUGUCUAGUGUACCUGAUGUAGAAAUCACUCCAACACUGUCUGAUAACAAGGAAGUAUCUGACAUUUCAAGCAGUUAUACAACAGAAUCAAAGCCCUUGACAGAGACUAAAACUAAAGAUAAAUGCACGUCCGGUGGUGAAGUUAAAAAUGAGUUGUUCUAUGUACCGGAGAUUAAUUUUAAAGAUGCAAACUCUCCAUCAAAAAAUGGACAUUUGGUUCAAGUUGAAGAUCUAACAGCUAAUAAGAACAAGAAAUCUACCCGGAAAGCCUCUAAGCAGGAACAUGCAGAGAAUGGCUUACAGAAUAGUCCUAAAUUGCCAAGUUAUAUGGCAGCAACUGAAUCUGCCAAGGCAAAGUUGCGGGCACAAGAUUCCCCGAGGUUCGAGCAAGAUGUAAGUGAGAGAAAUAGCCCUGCUGGGCGACACUCUAUACCAUCUUCAACUAACCACAAAAUUAGUUCGCAUUCACCCGGGACACGGAGAUCAGUUCAAACAGAUGGCAGAGGGGGGCAUAGAAAUGAAAGGACUAUAUCAUCUUCUAGAGGUGGGAAUGGAAUGGUAGUUCAAGAAGAGUGGAGGAGGUGAUUUAAGGAAGAUUGAUUUUGUGGAGUUGAAAUCCGAAAUGAAGCUAUCUCUGUGUUGAUUUAUCUCUGUGGAAAGAUGUUGAAAUGAUAGGACCAUACUAUGAGCCGUGUUUGAUCAGAUUCUUUCUUCAUUUCCAGCAUAAUUGGCAUUUGAGGGUGAGUUAUGCAACAUAUGUUUCGAGUGUUGCAUGCUGCAACACUAAUAAGUUAGCGUUCUGUUUGUUUCCGGCAUGAUUCCUUGCCUCUCCAUAACGUAUUUCUUUAUUUUUUUCCCUGCGUGUUUGUGAUCAUUAACUUGCACUAUUGUUCUUGUUCCUAAGAACUUUUCUGUUUGGAAAGUAUUGUCUGAUCUCUCAGUGACCACAUUAGUUGAACUAGUUCAAGUGUAGCAUAUAUGUUUUAAAUUA